AUGGUAGCCAGCAGGGAAGAUGCCGGAGCAUCAGGCCCCAAUGCCGACCGCGAUCAGGAUCAUGACGACGAACGACCUCCUCCCCUACCGCCGCGACCGGUCUCGCAGACACCCGCCGUCACGGCUGCUGCCACGUCUGCUGCAGUAGAGAGGCCCGGACUGCUGUCGAAGCCAACCACUGCCGUCUCGGCCACCAACAUCCAGACGCUCUCAUUCCCGGACGGAACGAGGGGCACGUUCACAAGUAGCGAGGGCACAGCCACGGCUGGCCACGAGGAUGUUAUAAUACCGGGGGACCUGGGGUCCACGCGGAGUUUCAACCCCGCCUCCAACGACCUGGACGAGGGCAUGAGUGUCAUGAGCUUUGCGCCAACCCUGCGUCCCGCUGGCGACCUCGAGAGCCUCCUCGUCGGCGACACAAGCAAGAGAAGCCCGGCGUGGCAACUGCUGAGAUCGCAGUCAGCGACGGUGCCGCCAUUCAGCGCCAUGAAGACGGAGGAAGCCUCGGCACUUCGGGAAUUUGAGAAGGAGUUCGACGGCAUCCCCGACGAGUCUCAGAAGGAAUGGACCGACUCGGAUCGUGUGUCGAUAUGGAAAUCGAAAUUGAAGCACUACAUGAUCCUCUCAUCGGCCGGGAAGCCGAUCUACAGCCGACAUGGUGACUUGAGUCUGAUCAACUCCUCGAUGGGUGUGGUCCAGACAAUCAUAUCGUUCUAUCAGGGUGCCAAGAACCCGCUCCAAGGCUUCACUGCCGGCAACACAAGGUUCGUCAUAGCGACUGAGGGCCCUCUGUACUUUGUCGCUAUAAGCAAACUGGGGGAGAGCGAUUCGCAACUGCGGGCCCAGUUGAACGCCCUCUACAUGCAAAUCCUCUCAACCUUGACGUUGCCUACUUUGACGCACAUAUUCGCAAAUCGGCCGUCGACCGAUCUGAGAAGGCCCCUUCAGGGCACAGAGUCACUGCUUUCGUCUUUAUCGGACAGUUUCACCAAAGGCUCGCCGUCCAUGCUGCUGGGGGCGCUGGAAUGUCUCAAAAUCCGAAAGUCGCAACGUUACGCGAUAAAUAAUGCCUUCCUGAAGGCAAAAGCGGGCAAUCUGCUAUAUGGCCUGAUAGUAGCCGGAGGCCGCUUAGUGAGCGUUAUCAGGCCUCGCAAGCAUUCUCUUCAUCCGAGCGAUUUGCAGCUCAUCUUCAAUAUGCUUUUUGAAUCUGGAGGGAUCAAGGCUGGCGGUGGUGAAAACUGGAUUCCCCUGUGCCUCCCUGCUUUCAACAAUCGUGGGUAUCUAUACAUGUAUGUCAGUUUCUUGGGUGGAAGGCCCGGGAGUUCCACAUCUUCCAAAACGGAUAUCCCGGUCGACGAAGAGAUCGCCAUCAUUCUCAUUAGCCCCGAUAAGGAGAGCUUUUUCACCCUUCAGAAGAUGAGAGACGAUGUCGUCAAUGAGCUGGAGAGAAAGGGAAGUCUUGACAUUAUCAAGAAGGCAGCAAAGCAGGGCCGGCCCAAGGUGACCGACAUCGCCCCUGGGACGCACAUCAGCCAUUUCCUCUUCAAGUCGAAAGCGAACGUGCAGUUCUGCAUGCCCACUCUGGAGCCGCUUUUCGACGACAUGGUCUCGCACCGCCGUUUGAUGUCGCUAUAUCACAAUCUGCACGCUACAGUGCAUGCGAAGCAUGCUCAUCUCAAGGUGAUGCAUUGCGUCGGCGAGGACUCGACGUCGCUCGCGUGGAUCACACCCGUAUUCGAGUUCUACUGCGUCGCCGGACCCAAUGCGUCCAGGCAAAUCUUGACUUUGGGUGCUAAUAAGAUCAUGCAAUGGGCUAAACGCGAAGAAGAAAGAUUGUUCAUCAUUGGAGGAGGCGUGUUCUGA